AUGCGGCGGGUUGAUAGGCAUGAGAAGUAUCUUGGCAUUCCAACUGCUCCAGGGAGAUCGAAAAGGGUGGUGUUUGAGGCAUUGCUUGAUAGAAUCUGGAAGAAGUUACAAGGAUGGAAAGAAAAACUCAUUUCUAGAGCCGGAAAAGAGGUGCUCCUAAAAUCUGUAAUACAAGCUAUCCCUACUUACCUUAUGGGAGUUUAUAAGUUCCCUUGCUUGGUGAUUGAGAAAAUUAAUAGUGCUAUGGCACGAUUUUUUUGGGGUUGUUCGGAUACUCGUCGAAAGACACAUUGGAGGAGUUGGAGUACUCUCUGUACUCCUAAGUGCUUAGGAGGUAUGGGAUUUAGAGACUUAAGUGUGUUUAAUGAUGCCCUUUUGGGUCGUCAAGCGUGGAGAUUGGUGCACAACGAGAAUUCACUCCUAAGUAAAGUCAUGAAGGCGAAGUACUACCCGAACUGCUCUUUUCUCGAAGCCUCACUUGGGCAUGCGGGUAGCUACUCGUGGCAAAGUGUGUGGAGCGCAAAUCGCUGGUGA